AUGUCGCUCGUCGCAAAGAUCGAGGACAUCGAGUCGGAGAUCGCGCGCACGCAGAUCAACAAGCAGACCAUGGCUCACCUCUGCUCGCUGCGCGCCAAGCUCGCCAAGUACAAGCGCGAGCUGGUCGCCGAUCCCAAGGGUGGCGGCGGCGGGCCGGGCGAGGGCUUCGACGUGCGCGCGACGGGCGACGCGCGCGUCGGCUUCGUCGGAUUCCCGUCCGUGGGCAAGUCCACGCUGCUCACCUCGCUCACCGACGUCGCCUCCGAGGCUGCUUCGUACGAGUUCACGACGCUCACGUGCAUCCCGGGCAUCAAGUACUGGAAAGGGGCGAAGAUCCAGCUGCUUGACCUGCCGGGGAUCAUCGAGGGCGCGCGGGACGGCAAGGGCCGCGGCCGGCAGGUGAUCGCGGUCGCGCGCACCUGCUCGUGCCUCAUCAUCGUCCUCGACGCGAUGAAGGACAUCGCGCAGAAGAAGAUCAUCGAGCGCGAGCUGGAGGGGGUGGGGAUCCGGCUCAACAAGCAGCCGCCCGACAUCAGGGUGGAGAAGAAGGUGUCGGGAGGCAUCAACUUCGCCGCCACCUGCAAGCUCACCCACCUCGACGAGGACUCGAUCAAGGCUCCGCGCCCUGGACCGCGCCUCACGACACACGGCAGACGCCGGCUCGCAUCCCCGACACAUCCCCGACACGCGAUCCUCACCGAGUACCGCAUCAUGUCCGCCACGGUGCGGAUCAACUGCGACGCGACGCCCGACGACCUCAUCGACGCCAUCGAGGGGAACCGCGUCUACAUGCCCUGCGUCUACGCGCUGAACAAGAUUGACGCCAUCACGAUGGAGGAGCGACGCGCACGCCCCGCGGGACGCCCUUCCCCGCCCUCCUCUCCCCACCCCCUCUCCGCCCGGCCCCUUCCCGAGCUCGACAUCCUCGACCAGAUCCCGCACUACUGCCCGAUCUCGUCGCACUACCAGUGGAAUCUAGACGGGCUGAUGGACAUGGUCUUCGAGUACCUGAGCAUGACGCGCGUCUACACGAAGCCGAAAGGCCAGAUGCCCGACUACGAGGCGCCCGUCAUCAUCCGCGGCUCGCAGAAGCCCACCGUCGAGGUCUUCUGCAAGAAGAUCCACCGGCAACUCAUCCACGACUUCAAGUACGGCUGGGUGUGGGGAUCUUCCGUCAAAUUCAACCCGCAAAAGGUGGGCAAGGCGCACCUGCUGCACGACGAGGACGUCUUGCAGAUCGUGAAGAAGAUCUGA